CUGGCAGCACGGACAGCUUCUGAAGUUGAAAAAAAAGUUUUCGGAAUGUACUAUUUUGCUGCCGUAGUUUUUUGCAGUUUAUUCAAUUAAAUAGACUUCUCCUGCUAUCCAAUUUGUUCAAAGUUACAACAGUGAAGUGUGAUUAACCCGGAAAAAGUGUGCAGUGCGAGAAUGGUUCGGAUUUUCGUAGAAUAAAACCGAUUGAUCUUGCGGAUUAUUGUCGGAGCAACCACCAAAACAACAUGGCUGACAAAGAAAGUUUCCUGUAAUGAUUCUGUUCUUACGACGGUGGCUACGAAAAUUGCACAUCCUUGCAUAGUGUAAUCAAAAUAGAAUCAUGAAUUAAAGUUAAUCGGGUUGAACGUUAAUCAAUAGUGGCCGAAAUGGGAAAGUGAAACAACCGAACGGAUUAAUGUGAAUUAUUCCCGUUCUUUGACUAAAUACAUAAAUAUUUACACAAAUCGCCGGACUGAUACUCCAUAAAUGAAAGGUAUUACAUAAGCAUCCAUAUAACGAUUAUUCGAAGCAACUAUGUCCGUCCUACUCCUGCUAUGUUUGCUUCAUGUCGUUUACCUGUCAACAGUAACGAUAAGUGUAUCCGCCGAAGGAUCAAUAGCAACUAUAACAGCAUCUUCGUUAAUACCAUCACAUAAUGUGGUUGCACAAUUCACGUUGGAUAACAACUCAUACUUUACUCAUUUAACAUACGACAAACAUAGGAAUCUCUUAUAUGCCGGAGCAACUAAUAGAAUCUAUCAAUUAGACGCAAAUCUCAAACAGCUCAAUGAAGCUAUUACGGGUCCCAAACUGGACUCGCCACAGUGUCAUGCGGGAGGAUGUUCUCCUGACGAGGAAACUUUCGAGACGAAUAAUCACAACAAAAUCUUGAUUUACAACAGUGGAGGUGAUACUCUAAUCGCCUGUGGCAGUAUACACCAGGGAGCAUGUGAAAUCUACUAUCUAAGCGGCAGAUUUCCAGAUUCCUCGAAAUAUAUGGAAGUUGCUCUAGCUGCAAAUGACGAGACAUCUUCCACAUAUGCAUUCAUCGGUCCGAGCAAGUACCAGUCGUGGAAGAAAGAAGAUAUACUCUACGUGGGCACCACAUUCACGAACGUUGGUGAUUAUAGGCAUGACGUUCCUGCCAUAUCAUCCAGAAAACUAGACGAUUUAAACUAUGCGGAAUUCUCGAUACAACAAUCGAACAUUAACAUUGAUGUGAAAUAUCGUGACCAUUUUCUGGUAAACUAUGUGUACGGGUUCAACAGCUCUGAGUAUGCUUACUUUGCGGUGGUACAAAAGAAAUCACAUCUGGCGGACGAAGCUGGAUUCGUUACCCGACUGACACGAAUCUGCGUGAAUGAUCCCAACUACGACAGCUAUACAGAGGUAACCAUCACAUGUUUAGUCGACGGAGAAGAUUACAACAUUCUGCGCGAUGCGAAAAUAAUUCAAGCGGGAAUAAAGCUAAGUCAAGAUUUGGGAAUCAAAAAGGACGAUUACGUUCUAAUUGCCGUGUUCUCGCCAUCGAAAGAGAUAACCAACGAGCCGCAGAACAACUCCGCUAUGUGUGUUUACAGUUUGACAGAGAUUGAAGAAGUGUUCAACGAAAACAUUCACUCUUGUUUCAAUGGUAGUAUCAAAGACAGAAACUUAGGAUACAUCUCUGGAACGAUAAACGAUGGCAAGUGCCCUGUGGUGGGAUCAAUCGGCAACAUUUUCAGUUUUUGUCACGUUGGGCUAAAAAUCAGCGGCGUGACUCCAAUUCUCGCCAGAACUCUCUUCAACUUUCCGAACGAAUCGGUAACCUCCGUCACAACUACUAAUACCGGACCUCAUACGCUUGCGUUCUUGGGCACUUCCGAGGGAUGGAUAAAAAAGAUAUUAAUGUCAGGACCCUCUGCUGGAGAAUACGAACGCAUUGAGGUGGACAGUGGUUAUAAAAUACUUCCGGAUACAAUGCUUUCACCGAAAAAUGAAUACAUGUAUAUUUUGUCUGAAAAAAGAGUUAUCAAAAUGAAAGUCGAACAUUGUAGUACAUUCACCAACUGUUCGAGUUGUUUAGAAUCUAGGGAUCCGUUCUGCGGUUGGUGUUCUCUCGAAAAGCGUUGUACAGUCCGGAACACUUGUCAAAAAGAUACUAGCACUGCAAGAUGGUUAUCGAUUAGCACCGGACAGCAGUGUAUCGAUUUUGAGAUGGUAUCCCCUGAUAAAAUUCCUAUCAAUCAGAUGGCAACGGUGCAUCUCAUUAUUCGAACACUUCCUGAAUUGCCACAUAAUGCCAAAUACAAAUGUGUUUUUGGUAAUUCAACCCCAAUCGAUGCUAAUGUGACAAAUGAAGGGCUAGUGUGUAGAACUCCUCCAAUAGAUAAACGUCCCCAACUGGCUGCUAAUACGGACCAUAUCCUAGUUCCACUAAGCGUUCGAAGUUCUGAGACAAAUAAGGAUUUUGUAUCCCGCAAUUUUGCGUUUUACGACUGCUCUCGUCACGAUAACUGUAGAAAAUGUCUCCGCAGCCAGUGGGGUUGCAACUGGUGCAUUUACGAUAACAAGUGCGUGUAUAAUACUUCAACUUGUCGCAAUUCUGGUAACAUCGUUACCAACGAAAACACGUGUCCACACUUUAAGAAACGAUCCGAGCCCAUUCUGCUGCCCAACAAGGUUCCCAAGGAAAUAAAACUAGAAAUCGAAAAUCUGCCCAGGCCACAAAGUGCCCAUACUGGUUUCCUGUGCACUGUCAAUAUCGAAGGAGCUCACAUGGUUUUACCAGCACGCGUGGAAUCAAAUAAAUAUGUUGUUUGUGAAAAAACACCGUAUUCUUAUGAGGCCAACACAAAUGAGUACGAAGCCAAGGUUGAUGUAAACUGGAACCGGAACCAUUACAUAGACACAGUGUCAAUUAUUCUUUACAAGUGUGAUAUUCUAGGGUCUCACAGAGAGCACGCCGACUGCAGUUUGUGCGUGACACGAGACAAGAAAUAUCAAUGUACUUGGUGCAACAAUCAGUGUGUGUAUAACGAAACGUGUGCAUUCGAUACACAUUUAAACGAAUGUCCCAAGCCAAGAAUCGAUCUCAUCAAACCCCUUAGUGGGCCCAUAGAGGGUGGAACGUUACUCACCAUAGAGGGAAGCAAUUUGGGCAUUCGCGAAGAGGACGUGAGGGGUAAAAUUAGAAUCGGCAAUGUGCCAUGCGAGCUGGUAAACUAUGAAAUAUCCGUCAAAAUAGAGUGCCGCACUGGACCGGUUCCGGAAGAAAUGACGGCAUCUAUUAAAGUUGGCAAUGAAGCAGGUUACACCGAAUCAAGUGUGCAGUUCCAGUAUAAAAAUGUACAAUUGACAGGGUUGCACCCUACGAUGGGACCACAGAGUGGCGGUACAAAAGUUUCCAUUAUCGGAAAGUUUUUGAAUAUUGGUUCCAAAAUUAUGGCAUAUUUAGAUGACUAUCCUUGCCUUAUCAAUAUCACUCAAGCUUCGUCCGGUCGACUAACAUGCAUUACGUCAGCCGCCCGCUCCCCGGAGCAUAUACGAAUCUUAACAUUGUUAAUAGAUGGAGCAAACCGCACGUUGAAGUGCAUUGACGACAACCAGCACAAUAGCCUAAAUCGAAACAAUUAUCAUUAUCACAGUCAUUAUGAAACAUGUAGUGUAUACAAUUAUACCGUCGACCCGAAAAUAAUGCAGAUUAAACCGCUUAAGAGUUUCAUGAGUGGUGGAAGAAUGAUGACGGUACAUGGCACCAAUUUAGACUCCAUACAGAAACCUGAGAUAGAAGUAUACUAUGAGGAUGAACGAAUUAACAAAUCGAUUUGCACAGUUCUAAACCCCAAUCAAAUGGAAUGUCCAUCGCCAUCCGUUAACCUUAAAUUUCUCUCAUUCCUCAAGCACUUGGAACAGAUGACAGGAAACCUGCAUGCAGGAAAUAAUCAAAGCCGCAUAAAAAAUCGCAGAAGUUUAAUAACUACAGAAUCUUCAGCUUUUAUAUCAACUGCAGAAUCAUUGAUUAGUGAUAACUCAGCGUUAACUGUGUCCCUGUUCUCACCAACCCAGUUUCUUCCAUCGGAAGAACUGCAAACAACCGCUUCCUUACUUGAAACUACAAUGAACAGACUAAGUUCACCAAUAGCGCUCAAAAUGAGCGAAAGCCAGAUAGCAUUCCAAAUAAGUUUUGUAAUGGAUAACGUCCUCUCCGUUAAGGAUCUCAACAAACAUUUCCAAAAUCUGCGCUCCACCAUCGUUUACGUAGAAGAUCCCAUCUAUUUUCCAUUUCCGAGUUUCAAAAAACUAUACAAAGGCGACACUCUUGUCAUCGAAGGUGAAAACUUGAACAUUGCCAGUGACGAGUCGGACGUGAACGUUACAAUCGGAACAAUGCAGUGCAACGUUACGAGUUUGGCUCUCACCCAACUGGUAUGUACGCCACCGUCGCAGCAACCGCUUCCAACGGAUGAAAAUGGCACGGAACAAACUGUCCAAGAUUUGCCACUAGUCGUGGUACGCGUCGGUCAAAAUCUUCGCUUCCAAAUCGGCUACCUUAAGUACGAUUUGAUGAAACCAUACACUUUUUCACAUAUUCUGUUUGGUAUUGUAAUUGGCACUCUUUUCAUCGUGAUAUCCCUAGUAGUGAUUUUAAUUAUUUACCGACGUAAAAGUACACAAGCUGAACGGGAGUACAAACGAAUACAGAUCCAAAUGGAUACCCUGGAAAGCAACGUUCGAAUGGAAUGCAAGCAAGCUUUUGCAGAGUUACAAACCGACAUGACCGAUUUGACGGCUGAUCUGGAAAAUAGCGGCAUACCAACACUCGAUCAUGUGAACUACAUUAUGAAGGUAUUCUUCCCCGGAGUGACCGACCAUCCAAUAUUGAACUCAUCAAAGUUUAGGAUUAAUAUGCCUCGGAAUAAUUACGAUCAAGCGAUGCUGCAGUUCGAACAGCUAAUUAAUAAUAAAGUAUUCUUGCUGAUAUUCAUCGAAACUUUGGAGGCACAGAAAUCGUUCAGCAUACGAGAUAAGGUCAACGUUGCCUCACUACUGAUGAUAGUGCUAAUGAACAAAAUGGAAUAUGCUACUGAUGUGUUGAAGUGUUUGCUAUUACGAUUGAUUGACAAAUCUGUGGUCACCAAACAUCCACAAUUGAUGCUGCGACGAACUGAGAGCGUUGUGGAAAAAAUGUUAACAAACUACAUGGCUAUAUGUAUGUACGAUUAUUUGAAGGAAUACAGUGGAAAUUCGUUAUUUUUGCUGUAUAAAGCAAUAAAGCACCAGAUCGAGAAGGGAUUAGUAGAUGCCGUUACUCAUGAUGCUCGCUACUCAUUGAGCGAGGAACGCUUGUUGCGAGAGCAGAUUACGCAUAGUGUCGUGACUCUACAUAUUAUUCAGGAUGAUCUGGAUGAAAAGAUUCAAUGCAAAGUUUUGGACUGUGAUACAAUAACUCAAGUAAAAUCAAAAAUACUCGAUGCACUUUUCAAAAAUACGCCUUUUUCAAUGCGCCCUUCGGUACACGAUCUAGACCUGGAAUGGCGUCAUGGUCGUGGUGGUCAUCUCACGUUACAGGACGAAGAUCUGACCACCAAAACAAUAGGGGGAUGGAAACGUAUCAAUACUCUUGCCCAUUAUGGCAUCAAAGAAUCAGCUGUGAUGUCUCUCAUUGCCAGACAAAACGAUAAUUAUAAUAAUUUCAAUAACAAACAGCCAUACCCGAAUUGUUAUUAUAUUAAUAACUCUUCGUCUCACAUUUCCAUCAACGGAGAUAUGGUUCAUCACACCCCAACACUGCAACAAAGUCAUUUGUUGAACUUUCAAAAUCAAGCGCAACAGGCGCAUGCUCGUAUAUAUCACCUAGUAAGAUCUAUAGAUGAAAAGACCACUCUCGGGCAACAACAGGGCCUGCACGAGAGGACUCAUAAAGCUAUCCCAGAAAUUUUCCUCACAAGGUUGCUGGCUACGAAAGGCACAAUCCAAAAGUUUGUAGACGAUUUCUUCAGCACUAUUUUAACCGUCAACAAUAUGCUACCACCCGCCGUCAAAUGGAUAUUCGAUAUCCUCGACGAUGCCGCAAAGCGGCAUGGUAUCAUUGAUCCGGAUGUUGUACACGCUUGGAAGUCAAACAGCUUACCACUUAGAUUCUGGGUAAACUUCAUAAAAAAUCCGGACUUCAUUUUCGACAUCAACAAAUCGCCCAGUGUUGAUGCCUGUCUCAGCGUUAUAGCGCAAACUUUUAUGGACUCAUGUUCCACAACAGAGUAUAGACUGGGAAAGGAUUCUCCAUCCAAUAAGUUAUUAUUUGCAAAGGACUUGCCACAGUAUCGGGAGAUGGUUGCAAACUUUUACACGGAAAUAGCACACAUGCCACAAAUAAGUGAUCAGGACAUGUGCACUGCCAUGCAACAGCUGUCUAUUCAGCAGCAAGAAGAGUUCGACGUUAUAGCGGCGUUGAAAGAGCUUUACAUUUACGUAACGAAAUAUAGGGAUCAGAUCAUAGAUUCGCUGGAUAUGGAUAUACACGCUAAGAAAAUGCAUUUAAUACACAAACUGGAAAACGUUGCCUGCACUUUGGAAGGACAAAACUAUUUAUAAUACGAAACAUUUGUUGAUUGCGACCUUCGCAAAAAAGUAUGGACUGGACGGAUAUUGCAGUGUUUAUUUAGAGAUCUGAUGUAAUUGGUCGCGAUUCGCCUCCAUUUGGAAGUACUAUUUUAUCCGAAAUUUUAGAAUUUAAGCAAAUCGGCUUCAGCAAAUACAGCUUAUUAUUGAUUAAUUUGAAGGCCGAAAGUUUAUUCACGUGUUUAUGUUUAAUUACGUGCCAAGCUUAUUUAUUCUAAUUUUGUAUAUAAUUCUGAAUUGUGACAGAUCUGACAGUUUUCUGAUAACGCCAUUUUUAUGACUGAUUUGUAUGGAAUUAGAAAUCAUAGACACCUGUAAAUAAGUAUUAGAAAGCAACUUUCCAUUCAUUUUAUAUGUGUAAUAAUUGAGUCAAGCUUUGUAGUUAGGCGUUUAUAAACGAGUGGCUCUAGUGAGAUAAAGAAUGAAACGUAUACCUAA